UCCUCAAAGUAACUCUGUACUUCAAGACGCUAGCUUUAAACGGACAAAUAUCAUUUUUUUUAGCAUCUCAGAGUGUCUGAAAUGAGCUACACGGGCAGAGGAACUCCUCUCGGACUUGCCGUGGCGGUAAUGCUGUUCUCAUCGGCGACGCCGUGGACUUUCCGAGAGGAGAAGGAGGAUGUGGACAGAGAAGUGUGUUCAGAGAACAAAAUCGCAACGACGAAAUACCCGUGCGUAAAAUCCACAGGAGAGGUGACUACGUGCUACAGAAAGAAGUGCUGUGAAGGUUUUAAGUUUGUGCUGGGACAGUGUAUUCCAGAAGACUAUGAUGUGUGCGCCGGCGCUCCAUGUGAACAGCAGUGUACCGAUCACUUCGGCCGCGUGGUAUGCACCUGUUACGCCGGGUAUCGUUAUGACCGGGAACGACACAGAAACCGUGAGAAACCAUACUGCCUGGACAUUGAUGAAUGUGCCAACAAUAACGAGACGGUGUGCUCACAGAUCUGUGUGAACACCCCCGGCAGCUACCGGUGUGAGUGCGAGAAAGGCUUCUACCUGGAGGAUGAUGGGAAAACAUGCACCAAGGGCGAGCGAGCUCCGCUGUUUGAGAAGUCGGACAACGUCAUGAAGGAGAGAACGUGCUCGGCCACAUGUGAAGACUUCCAUCAGAUGAAGAUGACCGUUCUCCAACUCAAACAGAAGAUCGCCCUGUUGCCGAGCAACACAGAGGUCAAUAAACAGAUGACCAAUGAAAAGAUGAUGAUGACACACUCGUUCUUACCUGCACCUCCAGGGCCACCUGGGCCUGCAGGAAGCCCAGGGCCUAAAGGUUCGCUUGGUCCCCCAGGACAAAUAGGGCCACCAGGCAUGCCCGGUCCUAGAGGCGACAUGGGGCCCAUGGGGCCCUCACCGGACCUGUCCCAUAUCAAACAGGGACGGCGUGGCCCAGUGGGUCCACCCGGGGCUCCAGGGAGAGAUGGCAUGAAGGGAGAGAGAGGGGUUCCAGGCCCUUCCGGACCUCCAGGCCCGCCAGGAUCCUUUGACUUCCUGUUGCUCUUGAUGGCUGAUAUUCGUAACGAAAUCGCAGAGCUGCAGAACAAAGUGUUCAGCAGACCGCUUCACUCUGUAGAGGAUUUCCCAUCCGCCCCAGACAACUGGAGGGACACCCAGGAAAGCCUGGACUUUGGCUCUGGAGAAGACUACAAGCCCCAGAUCCUGCCUAAGAGCACCAGGAAAAGGAAAUUGCCCCGGACCUUAAAUAAUCCGGACUGGCCAGUUUAAGAUUGCCCUCAAACAGCGCCAGGACUGAAAGAAAGGACUGAUCGCGGAGAGAAUGAGUGGUGUAAAUAUCACAGAGUGACUGCUAUUUAACUGUAUACUCGCUGGAAAAAAAAGGCUGAAUGUAUUUCAUCGUAUGAAAUUUCUAUUUUUAUAACAUAAAGGAUGUACAUUUUGUAUGUUGGCCGUUUUGAACAUGUCGUUUGUCACGGGGUCACGUGGUUAUCUUGUUUCUGGGGCCGGAUUCACAAAACAUUAAGAAUGCAAUUCGUCUUAACUGUUUGGGGGAAAAAAAAGGUUCUGAAAGUUAAGAAAAGAGUCUUCAGUCCCUGAAAGUAAGACUAAUGCUUUUAUAUAAAGUAUAGAAUGUGCCGUGUAUUAUCAGUUUUUUUAUUAUUAUUUAAAAGAAAUUAAUAGGUUUGUUCAACAAGAGCGCAUUAAAUCGAUCAAAACUGACGGUAAAAACAUUUGCGAUGUUCUAUUCAUUAAAGAAUCCUGAAUAAUAAGAAAUAUUUCUCGAGCAGCAAAUUUUGAAGGAUCAUGUGACACUGAGGACUGGAGUAAUGAUGGUAUAAUACAGUAAAGUCUGUAUAAUACAUGUAAAUAACAACAGUCUUUUUACUUUAGAUUUGUAUACUUGCAUGUCCGCCAUUGGUCCUUGAUGAUUAGAAUUACAGUAACGCUUAUUGUAUAAAUUUGUUUACCUUCUUUGAGCAUGUAAUGAAAACAAACUAUUUCGGUUUAGAGGUUUCUGUGCGUUUACUCUUUUAGCCACGGUUCAUAUCCAAGCCAACAAAUCAACGUGAAAGCAGGUAUUCUCCAAAACAUUCGAUUCCAUUCACACCCGUUUUCAACAGCUCAGUUUUUCUCUGUCACACUCGGCUAUAAAACACCUUGCCAUCCUUCUCACCCCUCUCCUCGUUGUAUUUUCCCCUCACAGUUCAUGAAGCGGAUCACAGCUAUGGAACAUCAUUGCCAUUUGACCUGCCUGUACGCUCUUUUAUCUCCUAGGAAAACAAGAUCACGGAUAGCUGCUUCUGCAUCUUCUGUAGGCCGUCUUCCACGGGUGUCGACGUGACUAAGGAACUCGAGAGCAGGCCGUCUGUUAACACUAUGAGAGCCUUGUAAAACUGGAACACAAGGUAAAGUAAAAGUGGGCCGAACACCGAUCCCUGUGGAAUACCGCUGAGCACAUAGUGUUUUCACCUUGACCUUGCCAGUGUGCCAAACAAAUAACAUGCAAUAUCUUUAAUUGGACUUAGUAGCUGAGACGUGGUACAAAAUUAACCUAUAUUAGAAUAUGCACCACCAUCUAUUUUGGGUCAAUAAUUUCAAUAGAUGUUUUUAAAAAAUAAAUGUGUAAAUUCUCCUUAUAUCUGCUUUAAUUUCACCAAAAUGCAGUAAUAUUUUAAAAUAUGAUUUCCAUUUAAAAUGACCCUAUUAUGUUUGUAAGCUUUUAAGCUCCAAAAGCGGCACCUAGUGGCGAAGAAUUGCAUUUUGCAGUUUGAUUCAAACCAACCGUUUCGUUUUGACUUCAGCGUGAAUCGGUUCGAUUCAGUGAUUCAUGUUCGACUCGUUCUUUCUCGUUCGCUUUAUACACUGUGCACUUUCAGAUGCAAAGGCAAAAAGAUGUUUCUAUUCACUGCACGAAAAGUAAUUUUCAAAAAUGUAUUAUAAUGACUAAUAAAAAGUUUAUUAAUAUUUUAAAAUAUAAUUUAUUCUGGUAAUGACAUCUUUACUCCAGUUCCCAGUGUCACAUGAUCUUGCUGAUUUGCUGAAACAUUUCUUAUUAUAACAAAUACAAGGUCAAGUGAAGUGCAUCACACCGUGGCUUAGCAGGCUACUUCAAAUAUAACCUAAAUAUAUAAUAUAAAAUCUAUGAGCAUUUGUCGUAGCUGAGGUUGCAGUACUAAACUGGUUAAUUCUUCCAUUUUGGGAGCUUGUAAAUCAGAUCCAAACAUGCUUGGCUGACCUCUUACCCAUAUUCCCACCGUCGGGCACCCGUCUGAUUCUGACACUGUUUUCCCCUCCACAUUUCAUGGUUAAAUUGUACCGAUCCCUGUGAGAGGCGCUCAGUAAUGGCCCAUGAAAAGAAGCUGUCUGAAGUAACCAGCCAGCCACUGCGGUCAGUUCACCCUGUAGGCCAGUUAUACAGACUUCAUCAAAACAUCGUUUUCCGAUGAGACUAGAACGACUUGAGCUGUGAGUACUAUGCAAAGGAAAGACAAUAUUUUGAUUUGGCCAAGUGAAACCAUUAAUAUGAAUGUUUGGGAAAUGGCCGGUGAGUUUACAUUACUUGUUAUUAAAGAAUGACGUGUAAGGAGAAUUAGAUGUCUAUUUUUGUGGUACUUGAUCUCCUUUGCAAAUCGUGAAUGAAAAAAUAGACCCACAUUGCACAGUUUAAUUGCAAAAAAAAAAAACUAUUAAAGUCAAUGUUUCCCAUGCCAUUUUAUAUUACAGUAUAUUUAUAAUUGUAUAACUCGUGAUGUUUAUGUAGCUGUAACAUGAUGGCCUUGAUUUUUUUUUUUUGUAAAUAAAAGGAUAGCCACCAAAUUAAUCAAACUUAGUAUAAUCUACAUAUAAAGAAUAAAAAAAAUGCUAAAAAUAACCACAUAAAGAGUGAUCAUCACUGUCAUAUAUAUGAAACAGAUGUGUGCGUUCCCAGGUAAUAUUGAAGUUGUUUUUUUAAUAUAAGUUGCUAUAAGAAAAAAUCUAACAUUUCAGUCUGGGUUUUAUUUUGCUUCGUUUUAAUCAAAUGAAUAAAAAUUAAACAAAUAUGUGCAUUCCCAGGCUGGAAGUAUUUUAUAUUUCAUUUAAGUUUAGUAUUUAUUUAAUUUUUAUAAAUAUAUAUUCAGUAUGAAUUUUAUUUGCUCUCAUUUUAUUGCUUUAAGAAUAACAAAUAUUCUUUAAUUAUAGCCUGGGUUUUACUCUACCCUGCGUCACUUCGCUUUACUGUAUAUAUACUACCUGUAUUUUGUUCCAUUAUUAUUAUUUUUUUAUUACUGCACACUCUUUGUUGUGUGGCUAUGUAACCACUAGAUGGUCUCAGUGGCGUAACAUAAUGCUGUAUAAUGUCCCAUAAAACGCUGUGAGGUGAGUGUUGUCCACAAGAUGGCAGCAACCGUCCUGCGGUGGAACGAGUGAAUGACAAACGUUUAAAUGUAAACUGGUGAAAAGUGGUCACACUAAUGUGUUGUGACACUGAGUAAAUUUAUCGCUUCAUUCUAAUACUGCACAG